AUGCAUAAUUUAGAGUGUAACAGAUUAGUGUGCUCAAAAUCCCUUAGGUUAGUCAACUCAGGUGUUCUUUUCCCAAAAAACUACCCAAAGCUUCUCUUCUUAGACCUCUCAGUUAGAGUAGUGUGUAACUUCGUUGCUAAAACUUUCAUCUAAAGUUCCAGCUCCUUUCAGCCAUCUCUGGGCAAUCCUGACUGGAGUGGUCCCAACUAUGGGAGCCCGGUUUCUGAUCUCAUCUGUGUCCCUACCCUCACUUUCUAGAGCCAGACCAAGCUGAACUCUUCUGCCACUAUUUCUUGUAUUUAAAUAAGUGCUUUAGGGACUCUGAGAGGUAACAUAGCCGUCUCCUGGGUCAGAUUUUGAGGCUGAAUGAAGCAGAUAUGAGGCAACCAUAGAUAUUAGCAGAGAUAUUUUAGGCCAGUUAGAUUGUUCCAUUGUCAAGUCUUGUGAGCGGAGCUGUGACGUUUCUCAGACAACCGCAGAUUAUAUCAUGUAGAUGCCAUUUUAAGGAAGCAUUAGGGUAAUAUGGUUCAGAAGCAGCAAUGAUUGUGAAUAAUUAAAUUUGAAUAGUUCAAGAUUUUGACAGAGAAGGAGCUUUCAGCUUAAUAAUUCCUUCUAUAAUGUGUUUAUUGGAAGUAAUCUAGACGAUAUCAGAAUGCCCAAUUAAAGUAUAAAUAGGUUAGAAAUCCACGAUCGAACAGGGGAAAUUGUUAGGGUAGUAUAAAAUACAAGAAAAUGUUAUCUCUAUCGGUAAAAGUAAACAGUCCUAGCCAGUUAAAAAGGCACAGAAAGCUUGCUCUGAGGAUACAGUUUCUACACGAGAGUAACCCCCUUCCUAAGAAUAGGUUGACCAUUUCCUAAAAUUUCAAUUU